GCUUCGAGAUAAACUUCACUAGAAUUUACGAGUUCAAGCCUCACAGUAGGAUUUCAAUUUGGCUCAAGGUGGUAUAAUGUUUUCAUUUCUCUUCCGCUGUGGAAGACUGCCUUCCUUCCUUGCGUUCUGAGACGGACCCUUCUCGCUUUUCCUUGCCUAGAGCAGUCUCUAACUUUACAUUCCUUCCCACCUUUGCAAUCAGCCAGCCAGUGUUCACUCGCCAUUGCGAUUGCAUCUUCAACAUACUUGCUAUACUAACACAACUUACCUCACCAUGGCUACCCAAAAAACAGUCUUAAUCACCGGUUGCACUGCGGGCGGAAUCGGACAUUCCCUCGCCCUCGACUUUCAUGCUCGCGGCUACCUCGUUAUUGCCAGCGCUCGUUCGGCGACUAAAAUAACAGAUUUGGCGGAAUUGGGUAUUAAAACAUUGAGUCUAGAUGUUACGGACGGGAAGAGCAUUGAGGAAGCCAAGAGGGAGAUUGAGGGAUGGAUUGAGAAUGGGGAGAUUGGGGGAUUGGAUGUGUUGGUCAACAAUGCGGGGAGAAAUUGCACGCUGCCUGCUUUGGAUGUAGAUCUGGACGAUGCGCGCCAUUGUUUUGAGACGAAUGUUUUUGGAGUCAUGGCUAUGUGCCAGGCUUUUACCCCUUUGUUGAUUAAACGAAAGGGACUCAUUGUCAAUAUUGGAAGUGUAGCAGCUAUCCUCCCCUACGUCUUCGGCAGCGUCUACAACGCAUCCAAAGCCGCCCUGCAUGCCUAUUCCCGCACUCUCCGACUUGAACUCGCUCCCUAUUCCGUGGGCGUAAUGGUCGUUGUAACAGGCGGCGUACAAUCCAAUAUCGCGCGAACACCUCGCAUACUCCCCCCUUCAUCCCUCUACCUCGAAAUCGAAGAUGAAUUCCAAAGUCGAGUAAAACAUAGUCAGAGUGGAAAGGCAAUGCCUAAUGUGGAAUAUGCAAAAGGGGUGGUAGAUGCGGUUGUGAAAGGGGGUCAGAGAACGCUUUGGAGGGGAAAUAAAACGUGGAUUGUUUGGUUUGUGAGAAAUUGGAUAGGGAGUUGGUUCUUUGAUUUGGUGCUUCCGGGAAUGUUUGGGCUGGGGAGGUUAAAGGGGUUGAUCAGGAGGAAAGAGAGUGAUGAGGGGAGGAAAAUGUUGUGAAGUGUGAGGUAGGUGGUGUGUUGAUUGUGAGAUAUACAUCGUAUUAACGAAAUACUUUUGGGGUUGUUUUCAUUACUGUUAUAUCAUAUAUAAGAUGAUUGGAUAUAGUUUUCCAUAUGCCAUUAAUAUUUCUCGAUAGAAUAUAAUGGCUUUGCAAUUCUUUAAUGUUGUCAAGGCACGCAUUUUAGGAGGCAUUUUCUCAAUAGAUGGAUUCUAUACCAUAAUGUACAUCUCA